AUGAAAUGUUGUAUACUCAUCACUUACAGACUCUAUGAGGAGACGGAUGAAGUUAACAGCUCAGUUUGCACUAAUGUGAAAGGAGUGGCUUACACAAACGACAGGAUCCGGGAAGCAGAAUACACUAUACCAAUGCAGGUGCUAAACUCUUUUUUUGUGAUGGCCAACAUCAUUAAGACAGAGAAUCAGCUUGAGCAGUGGUGCCCUGAGUAUCCCUUCGCCAAAGCUAUCUGCUCUUCAGACAAGUCCUGUGAAAAAGGGAGUGUAGAUAUCCACAGUCAUGGAAUUCAAGCAGGAAGAUGUGUGAAUUAUAAUGCAACAGUUAAAACCUGUAAGGUCAAGGCAUGGUGCCCUGUGGAAUCCAUGAAAAACCUCCCUGAGCCUGCUGUUCUGACGAGUUCUGAAGACUUCACUGUGCUAAUAAAGAACAACAUUCACUUCCCGAAAUUUAAUUAUACCAUACACAAUAUUCCACCAAAUUUAAAUACUUCCUGCACAUACAACAAGAUAACUUCCCCGCUCUGUCCAAUUUUCCAUCUGGGAGAUAUCCUUCAAGAAGCAAAAGAGAAUUUUUCUGAGGUAGCAGUAAAGGGAGGAAUCAUUGCCACUGAGAUUAACUGGGAGUGUAACUUGGACAGCUGGUUUUAUGACUGCAGUCCAAAGUAUGGUUUCCGCUGCCUUGAUGACAAAACAAUAAAGCCUGGAUUCUACUUCAGAUAUGCAAGGUACUACAAACUACCACAGGGGAAGGAGCAGAGAACCCUUUUCAAAGCAAUACGGUUUGAUGUCCUUGUCUUCGGCCCAGGAAAUGAUAGAAAAUUUAACAGCAUUGAACUCACUAAAAACAUUGGGUCCAUGAUCUCCUAUUUUGGUUUGGUUGUGAGUGCCAUUGAAAUUGCUAUUGGUGUAGGUAAUUGCUCCAGCUGCGGCAAAUCACCAUUCUACAAAAUUUACAACAGUAAAAAGUAUGAGACUGUGCUGAAUCCAAGACAAGUGAUGUAUGUGUCCUGUGUUGAUGAGCCACACGUACCUCUGAAAACAAGCUUGCAGCACGCUCAAGGCAGCAUUGUUGAGGGCCACCCUGUGAAAUUCUGUGAUGCUGGCAGCUGCUGCACCAGUGAGUCCAACGAGAACCGUGAUAAUGAAGAAUGCGAGCUGAUGCCCACCAGUGAACAAGGGGCCUCUUCCCCAGACUGCCAAAAGUGGUGCUGCUGCGGCAAAUGCCAGCCAACACAGAAGUACCAUGAGCAGCUCUGCUGCUGAAGGAAAAAAGGGCAGUGCAUCACAACCUCCCAUUGGUUUCAUCAGCUGGUGCUGUCCAGUCACACCCUGAAGAAAGCCCUUCUCUACAAAGACCCUUUGGACUUGACGGAUGGCAAUAUCAACAACCAGCUGCGUCACCUUGCUUACAAGCAAUACAUUCACUGGCGCUUUGGCUCUUUGGAAGACAGAGCCAUCAUCCCAGGCUGCUGCAGGUGGAAAAUUAGAGAUACUUAUCCCAAAGCAGUCAACCACUAUACUGGUUUUAAGAUGGAAUGA